AUGAACGGAGUGAAUGGAACACACAGAGAGCAGAAUGCACCUCAAAUUCAAGUUAUUGGUACCACUAAGAGUGGAAAGAAGCUGAAUAUCAGAUCGUACCCGAAGUUCAAAACCCUCGAAGAUGAGCGUCUGUACCGGAAGCAACACCUCGCGGCCGCCUUUCGGGUGUUCGCUGACCGAGGGUUUGACGAGGGCGUUGCUGGCCAUAUUUCAGUCCGAGAUCCGAUCCUCAGCAACCACUUCUGGCUCAACCCCCUCUCAAUGCACUUCUCGCUAAUCAAGGUAUCUGACCUCAUCCUGUGUGACGAGCACGGCACCGUCGUAGAAGGCAAUGAGCCCAUCAACGGCGCCGCCUUCGCGAUCCAUUCGCAAAUCCACAAGGCGCGUCCCGAUGUCACGGCGGCGUGCCAUGCGCAUAGCGUGCACGGGAAAGCUUUCUCAGCUUUUGGGCGAGAGCUCGAGAUGAUUACGCAGGACGCUUGCCGAUUUUACAACUCACACGGCGUGUAUCGAGAUUUCAGGGGCGUCGUGCUCGACGAGGAAGAGGGACGACGGAUCGCCACCGCUCUUGGGGGUGGCAAAGCCGUGAUCCUCCAGAAUCACGGUAUUCUCACCGUGGGACAGAGUGUAGAUGAGGCAGCCUUCUGGUUUAUCAGCCUCGAGAGAACGUGUCAGGCUCAACUGCUCGCUGAUGCUGCGGCGGCAGGCAGCGGACAUAAGAAGAUCCUCAUUGACGAUGAUGAGGCUGCGUACACGGCGACACAAGUUGGCGGGCCGGAGAAGGGGUGGCUGGCAUUUCAGGGGUACUACGAUGAGCAGGUCGCCAAGACCAAAGGUGAUUUCUUGAAUUGA